AUGGUGGUGGUGGCGGUGGUGGUACUGGCAGUGAUGGUGACGGUGGGGAUGGUGGUGCGGGUAUGGCGUGCAGACUGGCGCUCGGGGGGCGUCUGCCGUGCCCCUCACACGGGCAUCUGGGCGGCAUCAGGGAGCCUGUCCUCCCUGCCGGAGAGCGGCUCGUACUGUGCCUUUGACGGCUACACGGACCACCUGGGGGUCAGCGCCCCGACAGAACUACGAAUGGAUUAUCCUGGGGGCGCAAGAGAGAGAGAAGGGUCUGAAGCGUCGCCAGAAGCACGUGGCGGACCCCAGCCUGCGGCCCUGGUGCUGCCGAGGGAUGUCCUGUGUGAGAAUCCCGGUGAAAUAUUCAUCAUUUUCAGAGACGAGGAGGCGUAUGGCACCGUGGAGGUUGAGUUCAGGGCCCCCAGCGCCCGCGUGAGCGCACGCCCGGUCCCCUGGAGCACGACCGUCUGGCGCACGAAGGCCUGGGGAUUCCCCGCUGGCCCUGUCCACGUGGACGUGUACUGUGACGGGACCAUCAAGGCCACAGCGGAGAUCAAGUACCACCCGCGAGACGCGGCGGGAGCAGUGGGCCCCGGAGACGGCGGAUGCAGGGAGCACCUGCAGGAGCUGGACGAGACCCUCACCGCCGUGUUCAAACACGAGCUGCGGCCCUUCGCGCUCCGGCCUCACAGGCAAUGUGCUCGUGCCGGAGAAGCCCCGACCCUGCUGCGCUUGGCGGCGACACUCGGCCUCCGGCGUCUGGCCGCGCUCCUGCUCGGCUGCUCGGGGGCCGGCGGGGUGGCGGGCAUGGACCCUGCCGGCCUCGAUGCAGGGCGGGGGCCCGAGGAGCCCCCGAGGACCCCCAAGGACUCCGCGAGUGUCGGUUCCGAGCGCCCUGAGGUGCAGCGGGGACGAGAGGAGCGGCUUGUCAUUCUGGUCGCCUCGGAGGUGGUGAUUCUGCUGCGGGGGCGCCUGCAGGACAAACGCCGGGGCCUGGUUCAGGGUGACCGUCGGCAGCCUCCGGGCGCCCACCCCGGGCUCCUCACAGCUACCUUCGCCCUCACCUCUGAAAUGCGACUCCUUUCGGGCGGCUCCGGGCUGAGAACAAAGGGGGAGGCCAGGGCGCCCCACACCGGCCCUGCUCACCAGCGGGCGUCGUCUUUGAUCAGGCUCACCUUCAAGUUCUCCCUCGGCGGUGGUGUACAGCCCGAGGGCCUGCAGCCCCCACCGGCCACGUCUGUGGAGCCCGUCUUCCACCUAGUCUGCGCGUGA